AAACCAGUGGACAAGACACAGCGCAUUCAGUGUAGGGAGAAGCAGGGACUCACUGUGAGGGGGAACUUUGUUACUAUGAAACUUAGGAAUAUUUACAAAAUAUUGUAAAAAUUAUCAAAAUCCCUCGUGAAUCCAUAACCUGCCCCUAGGGUUUGAGGUUUUUAGUUUAGUUCGCCCGGAAAGGGCUUCUACACUCACUAUUCUUACACUUUUUUGAAAGAAUGUGUGAGACAGACAGUUAGCCAGCUAGCUAGCUAGCUGAGAGGUGAUACAGGCGGCAGGAGAACAAAAGAUUUUUUUCCGUUUUGGCCGGUUGUACUGACACCAAGUCCAUGCAGAACGUGUCAUUACCAUCACAAUGCCCGUUUUACUUUUUCUGAUAGACACGUCCGCUUCAAUGAACCAGCGCACCCAUCUGGGCACUACCUAUCUGGACAUAGCAAAAGGCGCUGUUGAGACUUUUAUGAAGCUCAGAGGGAGAGAUCCGGCGAGCCGAGGGGACCGGUAUAUGUUGGUAAAUUUUGAAGAUGUUCCGUUCGGGAUAAAGGCUGGAUGGAAAGAGAGCCAUGCCACAUUCAUGACAGAGUUGAGGAACCUCCAAGCAACUGGACUCACAACUAUUGGCCAAUCCUUGAGGAACGCUUUUGAUUUACUCAAUCUCAAUAGAUUAGUGACUGGGAUAGACAACUAUGGACAGGGAAGGAAUCCUUUUUUCCUUGAACCUGCCAUCAUCAUCGCAAUUACAGACGGCAACAAGUUGACCAGCAGCGGCGGUGUCCAAGAUGAGCUACAUCUACCUCUGACCACGCCGCUGCCGGGCAGCGAGCUGACGAAGGAGCCGUUUCGCUGGGACCAGCGUCUGUUUGCUUUGGUGCUACGUAUCUCCGGCAACACUUCGGUGGAGCCCGAGCCCCUCGGCGGCGUCCCGUCUGACGAUUCUCCAAUCACCCCCAUGUGUGAGGUCACUGGAGGUCGUUCUUACAGUGUGUUCUCCCAGCGUAUGUUGAAUCAGUGUCUGGAGUCUUUGGUGCAGAAAAUCCAGAGUGGAGUAGUGAUAAACUUUGAGAAGACGGGACCUGACCCUCCUCCGCUAGAAGACACUCCAGCUGAAGUGGUGAAGUCUGGUCCGCAGCCUUGGCACUGCUGUCACAAGCUGAUCUACGUACGACCUAACCCUAAAACUGGUGUUCCCAUCGGGCACUGGCCCAUCCCCGAAGCCUUCUGGCCAGACCAGAACUCCCCCACAUUGCCUCCCCGCUCAGCCCACCCCCACGUCCGUUUCUCCUGCGUGGAUGCUGAACCCAUGGUGAUAGACAAGGUACCCUUUGAUAAGUAUGAGCUGGAGCCGUCGCCCCUCACACAGUACAUUUUGGAGAGGAAAUCACCGCACACCUGCUGGCAGGUGUUUGUAUGUAACAGUGCCAAGUACAGCGAUCUGGGGCAGCCGUUUGGUUACCUGAAGGCCAGCACAGCUCUAAAUUGCGUCAACUUGUUUGUAAUGCCCUACAACUACCCCGUACUUCUUCCGCUUCUGGAUGACUUGAUUAAAGUGCACAAGUUCAAGCCUACCAUUAAAUGGCGACAGUCCUUUGAGAACUACCUGAAGACGAUGCCUCCGUAUUACAUUGGGUCGCUAAGAAAGGCUUUAAGAAUCAUGGGAGCACCGAACCUGCUAGCUGACAACCUGGAGUAUGGUCUGAGCUACAGCGUGGUUUCCUACCUGAAAAAGCUCAGUCAGCAGACAAAAAUCGAGUAUGACCGUCUGAUCGCUUUGAUUGGGAAAAAGCAGCCACCGGAGCCUGGCCUCAAGGUGCGAUGGCGAGGCGGAAGUAUAUCUCUAGCCCAGCGUCGGGACUUCAUCCAGCAGCUACAGAAUCUCACAGGAGAGGCCCCAGCCCUGCCCAUGGAGCUUAACCCCAAAGAGUUUCAAGGCUUUCAUCUGGCACUGCUCAACAAGAGCCUGAAGCCUCAGAGUUUUAGGAAUCCGUACGACAUCCCCCGCAGCCACCUGCUCGACCAGCUCAGCCGAAUGAGGAGAAACCUUCUCAACACCAGCGUCUGCACUGUCAGAGGCCACGACUCCGACCAGCUCCACAGCGUGCCAAUCGCCCAAAUGGGAAACUACCAAGACUUCCUUAAAGCUGCUCCCCAGCCUCUUCGAGACGCAGACCCCGAACAGCCCAAACGGUUGCACACAUUCGGCAACCCCUUCAAACUAGACAAGAAGGGCAUGAUGAUCGACGAGGCAGACGAGUUUGUGACCGGCCCUCAGAACAAGGGCAAGAGACCUGGCGACAGCAACAACGUGCCGGGCGGAGGUCCAAAGAGACGCCGGUGCAUGUCACCUCUGCUGCGAUUGGGUAGAGCCUACACCCCUCCAGUGUCCCCGUCUGCGAGCCCUCGACACUCAGCAGACAUGGACGUUAACGACGGUGCACCAGAAGCAGACCUGAUCAUCAACCACGUGGAUCAGAACCACUACGGCUCAGACCGGAACUCUGACUCGGAGGUGGACCGUCCCUCGAGUCCCACCGACCUUCAGGAGAACCACACUGCUGCGGAUCCUCAGGCGAUGCGGCACAGGGAUGAGGACGAGAACGGGCAGACCCAUCCAAGCGAGCUGCCACUGGGCAGCGAGGGAGGAGCGGAGAUGGUGCUGAUGGACGACCAGGUGCAGCACUACAUUACGCCUUCAGCUCUGAAGAAGCACAUUCACACCGAGACGACGAAGGUCAACAAUGAGCUCAGGUCGCUCAUCACCAAGGAGAUCAGAAAACCUGGCAGACACUACGAGAAGAUUUUCCUCCUCUUGAAACAGAUCCAGGGCACUCUCGACACCCGGCUCAUCUUCCUCCAAAACAUAAUCAAAGAGGCAGCCAGGUUCAAGAAGCGCGUUCUCAUCGAACAGCUGGAAAACUUCCUCGAAGAGAUCCACAACAGAGCCACUAACAUGAACCACGUGGACACGUUCUAACGCGAACUCAUUCCCAAACUGAACUUACUGGUAACCAAACCGGGCAACCCUCCACAUCCCCCUCAAACCACCACUCCUACUGUACCAGGGGCCCCUGCAGAGAUGAGACAAGGCGGCAUCCAGCUCCCAAACCAUCGCUUCUUCACUGGACUCCUUCAUUCAUUUAAUGAGCAUUAUGCUUGUGUUGUUUGCACAGUAAUCCUCAAAGACAGUACUGACCCUGAGUAAUGCAGAUGCAUUUUUCAGACUUGCAAAAAAAAAAAAAGAUGAGCGAGGAAGCACAUAUCGCUGCAGGUGAAGUGUGAAGGUGAAGGCCUAUGCAAUGACGUGUUUGUCCUGUGGACAGUUUGUACGGGAAGGUUCUCUGAACCCGUCCUCAGAUGUUUCCCUUUAAUUAUUCAGCUCCCCUCAUCAGAUUUUUCUUUUCUUUUAACAAAUGUGAGUGGUUAUCUCUCAGACAGGGGUGCUGAAAUAAACAAGGGCAUUUCUGGAGAGGGUCAGAUGACAGCCUGUGUGUGGAUGUAAUGUCACGUGACAGUGUGAUUGGACUGAUAAUGAAGGGUAUAUCGGCACGUGUGGUUGUAUUUUCAGACAACUCAGGGUCAAAUGGGAUCCAGGGGAGAUGCUCAUGAGAGACUUUGCUCAAAGUCACGAUUCAACUUUAUUUUAUUUUUCCCCCCCAUGGUGUUAUUUCUGAUUUGUGGAGGAUAAGAGUCCGGCCGUUCACUUCGCAAUUGUUAAAAUUGACCUUCUGCUUUCCACCAGAUGGACUGCUGAACUCUCGAAUCAGAACAAUUGGGCUUGAAACAUUGAAUCUAAUAACGUGUAGUCUUCCUGGCAGACUGAUGCUAUAUCAGUAGUAGCUUAACUUUUGGACUAAACCACCAGUUCCUGUUCCCUUUGCGGGGCGGGGGAGGGGGGCGGCGGCGAAGAAAACAGAUCCACAACGAUCGUUGCAUCUGGAGACAGUCAACUUUAAAAAAACAAAACUGUCUUUUUCAAAGUAAAGUCGGGAAAAACAAAAAGCUCAGGAACUGACACAUUAAUGCAUCACAAUCAGCAAUAACAUCGGAGCCCUCCUCCCUGCCCUUUCACUUUUAGCCUGAAACAGCUGAUAUGCAACACAAACGUCUUGUCUGGUGGAGUGUAGAUGAACCGAGGUGUCGGAUGCCAGCCUGUCCCAGCGUGCUGGCUGCUGCCAAAUAACUUAACCCAGCCCCUAAACUCCUUUUUCCGCCAUGAAUCUCAAAGCAACUUCUUACCACUUAAAAGCAAAUGCACUUGUGUACAUUUGAGAAUCUUUAUUUAUGUAAUUUAAAAUGAAAAAAAAACAGCCUUUAAACUUUUUUUUUUUUUUAGGUCAGGCUUGUUUAAUGUUCUCCAAUUUACACAAAUAAUGUCUAGAGGUCAGGAGUUGAUUUCAGACUCAGAGGGCAGCCCUCUUCCGCUCCCUCCCUCCUUGGACAGGGACCAAAAUCUGCCAUACUUGUCUUUGUUUGUGAAGAGGCCGCUACCAAAAGAGUAUUUUGAAUACACUGUAAAGAUGUAAAUAACCCUAGAGUACUAUUUAAAGAGAAUGUUCAGUGGGAAAAAAAUGGCCUUUUUGUAAGUAUUUCCAUGAAUAAAGCUUCUAUUUUACACUGUGAAGGGCCAUGUAAAUAAAGUGUUCUGU